AUGGAGAUGCUUCGCGGAAGAAGAAGAACAAUUAUCGUCUCCGCGUGCCUGUGGUUGCUCCUCUCACUGUCACCGUCACCGGCGAGUGUCGUUAGCGCCACCCAUGGCGUCUUCAACGUCAAGUGCAAGUACCAGGAGCGCUCCCUCUCCGCCCUCAAAGCUCAUGACUACCGCCGCCAGCUCUCCCUUCUCGCCGGAGUUGACCUCCCCCUCGGCGGCAGCGGCCGUCCUGAUGCCGUCGGGCUUUACUAUGCUAAAAUUGGAAUUGGAACUCCUCCGAAAAAUUACUACUUGCAGGUGGACACUGGUAGUGACAUUAUGUGGGUCAAUUGCAUUCAGUGCAAAGAGUGCCCAACCAGAAGUAACCUUGGUAUGGACCUUACACUCUAUGACAUAAAGGAAUCCUCCUCUGGUAAAUUUGUUCCUUGUGAUCAAGAGUUCUGCAAAGAGGUCAAUGGGGGUCUUCUGUCUGGAUGCACUGCUAAUAUUACCUGUCCAUAUCUGGAGAUAUAUGGUGAUGGAAGCUCAACUGCUGGUAACUUCGUAAAGGAUAUUGUUCUUUAUGAUCAAGUGUCUGGGGACCUUAAAACUAAUUCGGCUAAUGGAAGUAUUAUAUUUGGGUGUGGUGCUAGACAAUCUGGAGAUCUAAGUUCUGCAAAUGAAGAAGCACUUGACGGAAUACUUGGAUUUGGAAAAGCUAAUUCUUCAAUAAUUUCACAACUUGCUUCUUCUGGCAAAGUGAAAAAGAUGUUUGCUCAUUGUUUAAAUGGAGUAAAUGGAGGUGGUAUAUUUGCUAUUGGGCAUGUUGUGCAACCUAAAGUGAACAUGACUCCUCUAUUAUCAGACCAGCCACACUACAGUGUCAACAUGACAGCAGUUCAAGUUGGCCAUACUUUCCUUAGUCUAUCAACAGAUGCUUCAGCACAAGGGGACAGAAAAGGGACAAUAAUUGAUAGUGGUACAACCUUGGCCUAUCUGCCUGAAGGGAUUUAUGAACCGCUAGUGUAUAAGAUUAUUUCUCAGCAAACUGAUCUAAAAGUUCAGACUCUACAUGACGAGUAUACAUGCUUUCAAUAUUCUGAGAGUGUUGAUGAUGGAUUCCCGGCUGUCAUAUUUUAUUUUGAAAAUGGACUCUCGUUGAAGGUUUAUCCCCAUGAUUACUUAUUUCCUUCUGGAGAUUUCUGGUGUAUUGGUUGGCAAAAUAGUGGGACACAAUCAAGAGAUAACAAAAAUAUGACCUUAUUAGGAGAUUUAGUGCUUUCAAAUAAACUUGUCUUCUACGACCUUGAAAAUCAGGCUAUUGGAUGGACUGAAUACAACUGUUCUUCAAGCAUUAAAGUGAGGGAUGAGCGCACGGGAACAGUCCAUUUAGUUGGUUUCCACCACAUAUCUUUUGCUUCCGUUUUAAACAUCAACUGGAUGAUUAUCUUGUUUCCACUUGCUCUACUACAUAAAUUGGUUUAUUGA